ACCGAGAACCGACAUCCUCAAGGUGUGGCCGGGUUGUUGUUUAACAGCAGCGGCAGCAGCAGUUUCAGUCGACACAGUUGAAGUGAGGCAGAGAGGAGCAGACACACCGAGCAACAGAUUCGUCUUCACAGAUCAGCACCUCAAAGGAUCCAGCAGAGAUGUCCUCGAGGCCCAAUGGGAGUCCACCUCCCUACGAGUCGGAUGGAUAUAACGCCCCUCCCCAGCCGGCGUACUCUUACUACCCCGAUGAUGAGUUCCAGCAUUUCUAUCGCUGGACAUCCCCACCGGGCAUCCUCAAAAUCAUGUCCAUCAUCGUCAUCGUGCUGUGUUUGGCCAUAUUUGCCUGUGUUGCCUCCACUUUGGCGUGGGACACUCAGGGAGCCUUGGGUAGUUUUGGGGGUUUAGGCUACGGGGGAAGCUAUGGCGGCGGCGGGUAUGGCGGCGGCGGGUAUGGCGGCGGCGGGUACGGCAGCUUUGGCGGCGGUGGAUAUGGAGCCGGAAACAACUACGGUUACGGCGGACUUGGAGGAAACUACAAUGACCCCCGGGCGGGCAAAGGGUUUAUCAUCGCCAUGGCAGCCAUCACCUUUAUCACUGGCCUGGUCAUCUUCAUCAUCAUCGUGUCUCACCAGAGCCUAUCAGAGAGCAGGAGGUUCUACCUGGCAGUGAUUAUCAUCUGCGCCAUCCUAGCGCUGCUAAUGCUAAUAGCUUCCAUAGUCUACCUGGUGGCAGUGAACCCCAUGGCCCAGUCCUCCGGUUCGGUCUACGGCAGCCAGAUCGCCGGCCUUUGCGCCCAGUACCAACAACCGCAGCCCUCAGGAGUGUUCGUCAAUCAAUACCUCUACCACUACUGCGUCGUGGAGCCACAAGAGGCCAUCGCCGUGGUGUGCGGCUUCCUGGUUACCGUGGCUCUCAUCAUCAUGCUCGUCUUCGCCCUGAAGACUCGCCAGAAGAUCCGAAACUACGGCAAGAGCAACAUUUUGUGGAAGAAAGUGAAGGUCAUCGACGAGAUGGGGCCUCCUCAGGACGUAGAGGCGUGGGUGAACAAUGUGUCCGUCCCCCCGGAGGAGCUCCCGAUGGCAGACUACCCCGAUAAGCUGAGAGGCUCCAGGAGUCACCUGGAUGACGAAAGCACAAACUAUGACAAACCUCCGUACAGCUACACCCCACAGCCUACAGCGGAAGAGAACCUGCCUUUGCAGAACGGGGCUCCCUACAGCAGUAACUCUGAUUUAGCCGCCAGCUCGGCUGGAAGGCCCAAAAAGAGACGCGCUGGUCGGCCGCGUCGAGCUGAUGGACAGGACUACGACACCGACUACGCCUCGUCUGGAGACGAGCUGGACGACGACAGCGACUUUUACAGUGAAUUUCCUCCGAUCGCCAACGAGCAGGAACGCAACGACUACAAGCGUGAAUUUGACCGCGACCACCAGGAGUACAAAGACAUGCAGGCAGAGCUGGACGCCAUCAAUAAGAAUCUGGCAGAAGUCGACAGAGAGCUGGACGAGCUGCAGGAGGGCAGCCCGCAGUACCUGGACGCUUUGGAUGAGUACAAAAGGAUAAAGGACAUGAAACGGUCUGCAGAUUAUCAGAUGAAGAAGCGCAGGUGUAAAUACCUGAAGGGAAAACUGAACCACAUCAAGAAGAUGGUCAGCGAUUACGACCGCAGAGCCUGAGCGACUCUGUGAGGAUCACACACGCCUGUCCGAGAUGAGACAGAAAGGACUAAAUCGGGUUUUUUGGCUCUGCUGUCGUCCUCAGUCUGCUCUUGAGACUGAGGAGCAUUGUGUCGAGGACGCCGGUUGCGACGUCACCGCGGUCCGUCUGAGCUGAUAGCCGGUGAAACUUUGUAAAGGUUGUUUUGUACUUAGGAAGCACAGAAAACAACUGUUCUGUCUUGCAUUAAGCCACUGUUUGUACUGUGAGUGUCACCUGCCAUAAAUACUCUAAAUAAUAUGUAUUUAUUUUGCCUAAUGUGAUAAGAGUUAAAUGCAAAUUAAUACAUAACCCCAGUUAAUUUUAAUGGCUCUUGUUUAUAAUGACUCAUCAUGACAUGCUCUUCUUUUUACAGUGUUUUAAUCCUCUUUUUUUUAACAGUAAUGCAAACAUAUAAAUAUGUGGGAAACACUGACGUUCUUAAUGUUUUUAGCAGUUUGAGGAGUGUGUAUAAGGGUGUGUUUUUUAUUUUGUAUGGAUGAUAGAACAGAACACGUUCAUGUGAUUAUGCAUAUUUAAUGCACAGUGAUGUACUUUUACAGUGAUUUGUGAUACAUUUUACAUCAUAAUAAAUUCAUUUAUUAAACA